AUGGGUAAUGGACAGAGCAGCAAGGAUGCUAACAUUUCUUCAUCACAUUCGUUUUUGUCUAAAAAAGGAUCAGGUGCGAAAACAGAAAGCAAAAUAGUCGUUGUAAAACAAAAAACAAAUGCUGUAGGCCCGUCAUGUUCCAAAAAUGAUGAUACAAUAAAACGUUUCCUGGAAAUCCCGAAAUUUUACCCCAUUUUGAAGAGUUCGUUGAAUCAGCCAAGUUUGCGUGACUCGCCGGAGACAAUAUUCAAAGUUAAUGCUCGCCCAGUGUUGAAAUUUGCCUAUCGUUUACAAGAACAUUUGUCGAAAUGUGCUAACGUUGUGGCUGUGGAGCAAGAAUCGCUAGGAAAUUCAAUAAAAAAUAUAGAUCGUGAUAUUGCAGUUUUGUUAGUACAGUUUGGUGACCGAAAGAGAUUAAUGGACCGUUUUCAAAAUUAUUUGGAACAAAUGAAUGGUUUAAGAGCGCACAUUUCGAAUUUACGAUUUCUUUUCCAAGAUCUAAUACCAGUGACUAAGACCCUGAAUGAAAUCCUACCGGAACAAAAGCGGCUACCAUUACUGGAUAUUGAUUGUCUUGUAAAUGCUAAAGAAUGUUCAUCAGAGGAAAAACACAACGAAAUUAUCCGAGAAACUGAAAGUGAUACUUAUUCAGUGGACAAUAAUCAAGAUGUUUUGCAUAUCAAGCCUAUUGAUGAGAUGAGGCCGCUCGGGACGAAACAGAUUGUUGCAUUUGUUAAUUAUUUCAUUGUAAAAAAUGUUCAAAUGUUACAAGGUUUUGUCUCUAAUGUGGAGCAAAGAAUUAUCGAUAUGGAAAAACGUUUGGGUCGAGUGGAAGUGGAGUUGAAACUUUUGGAACUUAAAUUGGACAGCGUGCCAGGUUUACAGCUCGUGGUUCCGAAGGUCAAUGAGUUAUCAGCGAAAAAGCAUUGUGAUGGUCCAUUAUUUAACAAAAUUUUAAUGGGAGAUAGAGAUGAUCUGGAGGAUAAAACAAUUGAGGAUGCGAAAGUAGCCAAUUCAGAAUCAUUAUAUGCUUCCAGUUCUAUCGCCAGUGCUGAAAGACCACAUGAAUUGGUGGCUUCAAAAGCAUCUUUUGCACAACACCAUCGUUGCCUUCACAUUCGCGAUGACCCUCGUUAUGCUAUUUAUUUCAAAAUGCUUAAAAUGGGAGUACCCGAAUGUGCGGUAAAACAGAAGAUGGCGAGUCAGGGAAUCGAUACAGCACUUCUGCAAACACCAGACGCACCUUCUGAUUUGCCUGAAGAUGCGGCAGCUAGCAUCGAAGACAAAGGAUCGAUAAGUGCUGAUGACGACGAUCAGAAUUCCACAUCUUCCAGUGAUCGUUGA